GUUAGUGACAGGCAUAUUGUGAACUUCGGGAAGCCCUAUAGUUUCAGAAAAUGGAGAGAUAGGCGCUAUCAACGUUCCUGGACCGAGCAGACUUCCUACUUCGACCACCAUGUCUGUCAACACAUUCUCCAUACAUCCAGACGACAGGAGUCGACUCAUCAAGGCCACAAUUGAAGCUAAGGAGUUUGCGUAUGCGAGAUACUCCAACUUUCGCGUGGGUGCGGCCCUCCUGACAACCACUGGCGACAUCAUCAAAGGAGCAAACAUUGAGAAUGCAUCCUAUGGUGGAACUAUCUGUGCGGAAAGAACCGCGUUCGUGAAGGCGGUGAGUGAAGGCAACCGUUCGUUCACUGCCCUCGCUGUUGUCAGCGACGUUGCAUCCGCGAUCUCGCCUUGCGGCAUGUGCCGCCAAGUGAUCCGCGAAUUCUGCGCGCAAAGCAUGCCCAUCCUCCUCAUCCCGGCGGAUUAUGAUAAGCGGGUUGCGGAGGGAGACGUCACCGGUGGCGUAAAAGAAACGAGCAUUGCAGAACUGCUUCCUGACAGCUUCGGUCCUGAACAUUUGGACCUCCCACGAGGCGACUAAAGAGUUAAAUCUUGUGAGCGGGGGAUGCUACGUCUUGUGAUCGGCGUUGGUUGCCGCAAGCUGAUGAGUGAUCUGCCUCAUAGAUACAGCGAGAAGUCUGCCUUUUGUACACCAAGUUUAUACAACGUCUCGUCUGUCCCCG